GCGGGGACGCAGGGACCGCCCGCCCGCCCAGUACCCCGUGGGCAGUCCUCCCGCGGCAGUUCCCCCGCGCCUCGUCCUCCCGCGCCCGAUCCUCCCGCGCAUGGUCCUAUUGCGCCCGAUCCUGCCGCGCGUGUUUCUCUCGGCUCAGCGGCUGCCGCGCGCGCCUCCUUCCUGCCCACCCGGUGUAGUCAUGGCCGCCUCCUCCGCGCCGCCCGCCGUCCUGGUCAUGACCGCGCUGGCUCUACUCCUGCUGCUGUGCCUGGGGCCAGGUGGCGUAAGUGGAAAUAAGCUACAACUGAUGCUUCAGAAACGGGAAGCGCCCGCUCCCACGAAGACCCCGGUGGCCGUGCCCGAGAGCAAAGCCAAGGAAUUCCUGAGCGGCCUGAGGCGCCAGCGGCGGCAGCUGUGGGACCGCUCGCGACCGGAGGUGCAGCAGUGGUACCAGCAGUUCCUGUACAUGGGCUUCGACGAAGCGAAGUUUGAGGACGACAUCACCUACUGGCUUGACAGAGACCGGAACCGGCACGACUACGACGACUACUACCAGCGUCACCACGAUGAGGACGUGGCCCUGGGUCCCCGGGCGCCCCAGAGCUUCAGGCAUGGGGCCAGUGUCAACUAUGAUGACUACUGAGGUCCCGCCCGCGGCCGUGGCUGCGCCCCGCCGUCCGCUGAGCCUUGUCCUGGCCGAUCCCAUCCACCCACGUCUGUGACCAGAGAGGAAGCAUUAAAUUGAAAAAGAUCAACGCCUUUGGAGAUUUCGUGCGAGUACUUAACCAUGUGUUUCAUUUAAAGAUAGGAAUAAAAGCAUUCUGUUAAAAAGAAAAGUCUCAGAAUUCAUUUCGACGAAAAUUAAGUGGGCGACAGUCUUCCUGGAGGUUUCUGGACAGGAAGCAGCAUCUCAGGGGCACCUGCCCUCGGCCAUCCCAUGCCCUCCCGAGAGUCCUCACCUCCGCCCCAGGCAGGCCGUGGCGUCCAG